AUGGGAAAUCAGAAACAGAAGUGGACGGCUGAGGAAGAAGACGUCCUCCACCGCGGCGUCCAGAAGUACGGCGCCGGCAAGUGGAAGAACAUCCUCAGAGAUCCCGAAUUCGCUCCUUCCCUCAUGAGCCGUUCCAACAUCGAUCUCAAGGAUAAAUGGAGGAAUUUAAAUGUUGUCACUGGACAGGGCUCCAAUAUAAAGUCUAGAACUCUCAAGCACAAACUACCAGCACCUACUGCAGUUACAACUCCCGAUCCUACUCUGCAAUUCCUCCUCAGUAUGUAG